AGGCGGGGGGCGCGGGGCGACGGGUCGUGAGGCUUCUCUGCUCCCUGGCAAAGUUGGAAGAUCAAAGCCUUGUCUGAAAAGGAGGCUCAGAUGAGUCCCUGCUGACUUGAGAGAGAAAGAGAGACCACGCUGAUUGCUGAGAGGAACUGGAAGGAGAAAAAAAAAAAAUUCCUCAACUCGGCGAGAAGAACUCACUCGCCAUGAGCAGCGCUGUGUUGGUGCCUCGCCUCCCAGACCCCAGCAGCAGCUUCCGCGAGGAUGCCCCGCGGCCCCCAGUGCCGGGCGAAGAAGGGGAGACCCCACCGUGCCAGCCCGGGGUGGGAAAGGGCCCGGUCGCCAAACCCCUGCCUGUCUCCUCCAAUGCCAGGCGGAAUGAGGACGGGUUGGGGGAGCCGGAGGGGCGGGCGUCUCCGGAUUCCCCUCUGACCAGGUGGACCAAGUCCCUGCACUCCUUGCUGGGUGACCAAGACGGUGCUUAUCUCUUCCGGACUUUCCUGGAGAGGGAGAAAUGCGUGGAUACCUUAGACUUCUGGUUUGCCUGCAAUGGAUUCAGGCAGAUGAACCUGAAGGAUGCCAAAACUUUACGAGUAGCCAAAGCGAUCUACAAGAGGUACAUCGAGAACAACAGCAUUGUCUCCAAGCAGCUGAAACCUGCCACCAAGACCUACAUCAGAGAUGGCAUCAAGAAGCAGCAGAUCGAUUCUGUCAUGUUUGACCAGGCGCAGACUGAGAUCCAGGCGGUGAUGGAGGACAACGCCUACCAGAUGUUUCUGACUUCUGAUAUAUACCUCGAAUACGUGAGGAGUGGGGGUGAAAACCCAGCCUGCGUGAGCAGCGGGGGGCUGGGGAGCCUGAAGCUUGUGUGUGGCUACCUGCCCACGCUGAACGAGGAAGAGGAGUGGACUUGCGCCGACUUCAAAUGCAAACUCUCCCCCACCGUGGUUGGCUUGUCCAGCAAAACUCUGAGGGCCACAGUCAGCGUGAGGUCCACAGAAACGGUCGAGAAUGGAUACAGGAGGAGCGAUCCGGUGAAUCCGUACCACGUGGGUUCCGGCUGCGUCUUCGCGCCAGCCACCAGCGCCAACGACAGCGAGAUAUCCAGUGACGCGCUGACCGACGAUUCCGUGUCCAUGACGGACAGUAGCGUAGAUGGAAUCCCUCCUUACCUCGGGGGGAGUAAGAAACAGCUCCAGAGAGAGAUGCAUCGCAGCGUGAAGGCCAACGGCCAGGUGUGCCUACCUCAUUUCCCGAGAACCCACCGCCUGCCCAAGGAGAUGACCCCCGUGGAGCCCGCCGCCUUCGCGGCCGAGCUCAUCUCCCGGCUGGAGAAGCUGAAGCUGGAGCUGGAGGCGCGGCACAGCCUGGAGGAGCGCCUGCAGCAGAUCCGAGAGGACGAGGAGAAGGAGGGCUCCGAGCUGGCGCUGAGUGCCCGCGAGGCGGGGCCCGCCCAGCACCCCCUCUCCCUCCUGCCAUCGGGCAGCUACGAGGAGGACCCGCAGACCAUCCUGGACGACCACCUGUCCAGGGUCCUCAAGACCCCCGGCUGCCAGUCCCCGGGCGUGGGCCGCUACAGCCCCCGCGCGCGCUCCCCGGACCAGCAUCGCCGCCACCACCUCCUGCAGCACCGCGCGCCCCCGCCCCCCGGGGGCCCCGCCGCCGCCCCUGCCGGCUGCCCCCUCUUCGGGGCCCGGGGCUUCGUGAGCAGGCAGACGACGAAGCACGUCCACCACCACUACAUCCACCACCACGCUGGCCCCCGGACCCGGGAGGAGGUGGAGGCCGAGGCCGCCCCGCGCGCGCGCUGCCCCUGCCCCGUCCCCAUCCCCGGGGGCGCCGACUACCCCUGCAGCGCCAAGUGCAAGAGCCACCCCGGGGCGCCGGAGCCCGCGGCGGCCGCGCAGGCUGGCGGCCGCGGCCGAGGCGCCGUCCCACCCCGACGGAGCGGACGAGGCUCGGAGCCGGGCCCGGCCGGGCCAGCCCGGGAAGGAGGGGCCCCCGGCGGAGCGGGGCCGCUGCAGCCGCCCGGGGAGGAGGGAGACCGGGCGCAGGACGUAUGGCAGUGGGUGCUGGAGAGCGAGCGGCCGGGCAAGGCCAAGCCGCACAGUGCCCAAAGCACCAAGCGGGCCUACCCCUUGGAGUGCGCGCGAGCGUCCCCAGCCGGCCGUCACCACCUGUGGGCGGGCAGCAGCGGGCACCCCCGCGCCGCCCCCCGCGCCCACCCGUUCACCCAGGACCCUGCGGUGCCUCCCCUGACCCCACCCAACACCCUGGCGCAGCUGGAGGAGGCCUGCCGCCGGCUGGCGGAGGUGUCCAAGCCCCCGAAGCAGCGGUGCUGCGCGGCCAGUCAGCAGAGGGACAGGCACCACUCGGCCACUGGUCAGCCAGGAGCCACGCCCUUCUCCAGCCCAAGCCUGGCUUCGGAAGACAACAAGGAACAGUAAGCCCAGAUGUUGCCGUAAAUUAGGAUCUCGAAAAACCCCACCUGUACCAAGAAACGCGUCGCGACUGUACGCAAGUGUUCCUUCCUGAAGUGGCGGGUGGCUCAGGGCUCCCGGACUCAAGCUCAGACGGGAAGGCUUUAGCUGACGGGUAGAGAGGGGCCCCAAACCCGGAUGGAAAAGUUGUGUCCCCAUUAGCCCAGAAGGUUAGCGAGUCGGAAAAGCAUCUUCGUGCCACACUGAGCAGGAGGAUGCGUCUCCGCCGCCGCAGAGACGGAGACGGGACCAUCUUUGCUGCUUUGCCGGGGGUGGGGGGCGCAGCACAUCUUCCCCACUGGUCCCAUGAUUCCUGUCCUAAACCUACACUGGGUAAGCUGGGCAGGGAAGCCAGGCUUCGUUUCACUCCAGGGUGGUGCGUUGUAAGAGCGUUAGGUUGCAGAGAUCUAAAGUAGCCUAAAUCAUUACAGUUUUUUUUGUUAGCUUCUUCAUUGUGAGCAAUGAACAGGGUUCGAAGUGAGGAGACCUGCACCCUGUUAACAAUCGGCGGACCUUUAGUUGACCAGCUGUCCGGGCCUGCAUCUUUCUUUUUUCUUUUUUUAAGCCACUCCACAAAAACUCAGAAGUUGAGAUGACUGAGGGCUGACCCC